AUGAUCAUAGAGCCCAAAUUGGUGCCGAGCAAUAAAAGAUGUGAAGUGUCAGAACACGAUCGGCGUGCACGUUCGGCGUGCGCGGAGUUAGCUGCGAGUUUUGAAUGCGCGGCGGAGUCGGUCGCUCUAAUUGGGUUCGCGCCGGUUCCCGCGCUUUGUCCUCGUGUAUCAGCCACAAAAAUGAACAACCUCGGCGAAACUGCUAUCGCUAAUUAA